UAACUACGUUGAAUUGUGACCCUUGGAUUGAUUUGGAAGUGGAGGUGGAAGUGUGUGGUGGAAGUGCAGGAGGAUGGUUGGACGGAAGAGUGCUUGAGAGGAUUCGCACCUCACCGGAACAGUGAGUGCACCGUGCACAGCGGCGCAUGUUAGAAGUUUUAUACAUUCCGCGAUCCCUAGCUCUCUUGUCUCUCUUCUCCAUCCAUCCACCGUCCCCGAAAUCCCCAAUUACGCCAUGAUUACACAGCAAAGAAGCUUAUCACAAAGCCCUAGAUCCCCAUCCGCACAACCCUUUCUAUCAAUCUCAGUCACUGAUCCUGCUAAGAUGAGCAAUGGCGUACAACCUUAUAUCUCUUAUAAGGUCAUCACCAAGACAAAUUUAUCAGAAUGUGAAGGGCCAGAGAAGAUUGUUAUUCGACGUUAUAGUGAUUUUAUUUGGUUACGUGAUCAUCUUUUUGAGAAGUACAAGGGUAUUUUCAUUCCUCCACUUCCAGAGAAGAGCACUGUAGAGAAGUUUAGAUUCAGUGCUGAAUUUAUUGAGAUGAGGCGUCAAGCAUUGGAUAUAUUUGUUAACCGGAUAGCUUCACAUCAUGAACUUCAGCAAAGUGAGGAUCUGAGAACAUUUUUACAGGCAGAUGCGCUGACAAUGGAGAGGGCCAGAUCUCAAGAGACUGGUAUUUUCAAGAAGAAGCCAGCUGAUUUGAUGCAAAUAUUCAAGGAUGUACAAUCUAAAGUGAGUGACGUUCUUGGAAAGGAAAAACCAGUUGAAGAAUCAAAUCCCGAAUACGAGAAACUGAAACAUUACAUCUUUGAGCUUGAAGAUCACUUAGCUGAAGCUCAGAAACAUGCAUGUCGUCUGGUAAAGAGGCACAGAGAAUUGGGGCAAUCCCUAUCAGAUUUUGGAAAGGCAGUCAAGCUCCUUGGUGCUUGUGAAGGAAAUGCUCUUGGGAAGGUGUUUUCCGAGCUUGGGGCAAAAUCAGAGGUUUUGUCAAUUAAGCUGCAAAAGGAGGCCUACCACCUCUUAAUGAAUUUUGAAGAGCCCUUGAAAGACUAUGCUCUUGCUGUGCAAUCUAUUAAGGCCACGGUAGCAGAGAGAGCCAACGCUUUCAGCCAGCAGUACGAAUUGGCUGAAACAAUCAAGCUCAAGGAGAUAGAUCUAAACAAAUUCAGGCUAACACGAUCUGAAAAAUUGGCAGAAGCCCAGCAUGAAUAUGAAGUGAUGAGGGAAGAUAGUGAGGAAGCAACUAGAAGAUUUGAGACAAUUGUGCGGCUAAUGAAUGAAGAAUUUGUGUGUUUUCAAGAACAGAAAACAUUAGAUAUGGGGGUUGCUUUUCAUGAAUUUGCAAAGGGACAAGCCCGUUUGGCAACCGGUAUAGCUGAUGCAUGGCGAAGUCUCCUUCCCAAACUUGAAGCUUGCUCUUCUUAACAUAAUCCAAAACUUCACCCAGGUGAGCAGCGGGAUGUCCAGCCCUAGUGAACUUGUGAAAGGAUUAUCAAGUUUUGUGGAGUCAGCCAAGGAUGUCUCACGCACGAGACUUUUGUUGUUUGUUUUGUUUCAAGAGUUUUUCUUUUAUUUCAAGUGGCAUCUCAAGGAUCUUUCAAGAGCUUGUUUGGAUUAAAGAAGUAUUCUAAAAUCACUCCCCAUAGUUAGAAAAUUUGAAUGAAAAUUAACUCCAUAAUU